CGGCUCGUGUUCGGCUCUGCGAAGUCAUUGUAUGUAAACAAGGUCAAGUAUUCGCUGCAGCAUUCAUUCUCCACUGAUUCGCUUGACGACUUUCUCUCGAGAGGGACCCAACCUGCGGCACAGCACACACCCCUUACAGUUAUUUCCUCUGGUAAAGGAUUUCUGUGAGCAGCAGCUACCACGAUGCAGUGUCUUCAGUUUCUGGUGGAACCAACCAGGAACGCUACGGAGAAGUUUAAGGAGAUUCGCAAGAAGGUGAAAAAUGAGAAGCGAGAACCACUGGAUGUGAGCCAGCAGUUCAUUGUCAACCUGGCCAAGGAUCUGGGACGCGUCUGUCUGAGGUCAGAGGUGUUGGAGCACAUCUCAGAGAAUGAGGAUGUGUGGCCCACUCUCACCUGCAGGGCCUUCAUUCUGGAGUGGGCAUCGCUGUUAGAGAGCAAGAAAAGACCAAUGCAGACUGAUGGAUGGCCAGAGAGAAGUGACUGGAAGGAUUGGGCUCUGAGCAGUGAGCAGGAUAUGGAGAGCGCCAAGAGAGUUAUUCUCACCUGGACCAAAGACCUGAGGGCCCAACCUGAGCAAAGUGUCUGGCCUGGGGAGCAGGUGGUGGUGGUUUUGGAUGACUUUGAGAAUCACUGGAAAAGAGGUCGGAUGGCCACCCUGCUGUCAGCCAUGGAGCUGGUGUUCUGGACGCUUAUCAACAAAGAACUAGACAAGGAGAACAUUCCCCAAAAGUGGCUUAUGUGGAAACAGAGGAGCCAAAAAAUAGGUGCCACCCCAUAUAUUCCUCACAUAGUGUGGGACUGGAUCUGUGAUGCAGGAGUGGAGGUGACCCUUGACCUGGAUACGGCCAAUCCUGACCUGCUGAUCUCCGAGGAUGAGAAGCGCAUGCGCUGUGGUUUCAAGCGCAAAGACGUGCCCAACUAUCACCAGCGAUUCGAUGGUUGGUGGUGUGCGGUGGGAACCGAAGGAUUCGUCUCUGGCCGCCAGUACUGGGAGGUGGAUGUGGGAAAAAUGGACUGGCGCAUCGGUGUGGCCAAAGAGUCUGCCUUGCGUAAGGGCUUCAAGUCCCUGAACACCAACACUGGCUACCUGAGCCUGCGGCUGGAGCGCAGCAUGGAGCUGAAGGCCCUCACCGUGCCGUUCACCGCCCUGCCUGCCACCUUGAUCCCUCGAAAGGUCGGCGUCUACCUCGACUACGACCAGGGCCAGCUGUCCUUCUACGAUGUGGAGAACCGCUCCCACAUCUACACCUACAACGAGACAUUUGGUGAAAAGCUCUUCCCGCUCUUUGGGACGGUGGAGACUGUGAAAGACCUGGUGAUCAGAUCCCCCAGGAACAGGAGCCACUGCCUGUGUCCCAGCUUGUGCCUGUGGGGUCGAGACCCAGCCGAAUCAAACCAGAGCCCAGUGCUUAAUCUCUAGACUAGUGGUUCUCAACUGGGCGCAACCUUGUCAUUUGAAGUGCUUUGCAGUUAUGGGAGUGGGUGGGCGCUUAAGAGUUAUUUCGACACAGUUUGCUUGUUUCAUUUCCUUGAUUUCUCUGAAGAAUUAUGGGUAAUGUUGUUUUUCAUUGGGUGAGAAACAAUCAAAAUUCAAAAAACAAUUAGAAACCACUCAAACUUUGUACUUCAGCCAAUCACUGUUGAAAAAAACAGCAUAUGCUGGUUUAUGCUGGUCCUUUGCUAGUUUAUGCUGGUCAUGUGCUGGCAAAGGACCAGCAUAAACCAGCAAAAGGACCAGCUUAAACCACCAAAGGACAAUCUCAAACCAUCAAAGGACCAGCAUAAACCAGCAAAAGGACCAGCAUAAACCAGCAAAGGACCAUCUUAAACCAGCAAAGGACCAGCAUAAACCAGCAUCCCAGCCUCAAAACAUACCUAAUUAGCAUAUGCUGUUUUUUCAGCAGGGAUACCAUCCCAUCUAACAAAAAUAUGUUCUGAGAAUGUUUUGCUAUCGUUCCCAUUUAGCAUUUUGCAAGCAAUUAUGGGAAUGUAACUUUUAAAUGUUCUUUAAACCAUCUGAAACCUUUAAGUAGUAACCGUUUUAAAAAUUUACACAAACAUUCCAACUAAAACGUUUCAGAAAAACGUUCCAUGAAUAAUCUAUAAACAAUGGUUCUGUGCUAACGUUUGGAGAGCGCUGUUAAAGUCCAGAUUACGUUCAACAAACGUUCUAUUGAUGUCACAUGUUCAUAACUGUGAGAGAACUUUGCCAGAACCUUCUUCAGAGGUCUGAGAACAUUCCCUGUUAGCUGCUAUGUUAAUCAUUUUGAGUAAUGUAAAGAUUAAGGCAUUUGUGUAUUUGAUGCUAAGGACUAUUUCUUUGGCAACACUGUGUUGGUUCACGAUGUAAAAUUUGGGUCCGGAAGCAAAACCAGUUGAGAACCAGUGUUCUAGACCUCAUUAGUAUUAGAUAAACCACUGGGCCAUAUUAGUUGGUCAGACAGUGAUCCAUAGCUCUCAAGAGCAGUAAUUCCAUCAAGCUGGUGUAGGAUCUCUUUCAGCUGCUGCUUCUGUGGUCCUGAACCUGCUGCUGUCUGCACCUUAUUAUAAUACUGUGUUCGCUUCUCUGUCUGCACUUUCAUUUUCAUUUGACAAACUCAAAUCAUGCCAUGAAAACACACUUUAUGUGAAUAAUAAAUCCAAGUAAGUUCAACCCUG